AUGCUGUGGUUCGCGAAUACCGUUUGCGCGGCAGCUCUUUUACCCCUGGUCAAUCAGAUCGCCGCCUCUCCUUUGUCGCAUUCAUACAAUGAACCCAGCGCCGACACGAGGGGCGCCGUCGCAAGUGAAAGCGAUAUUUGCAGCCACAUUGGUAUUGGCGUCAUACAGGAUGGAGGAAAUGCUGCCGAUGCUCUGGUUGCAACGGUGUUUUGUGUGGGCGUGGUUGGCAUGUAUCACAGUGGCGUCGGUGGUGGAGGCUUUAUGCUUGUGCGCGCUGCCAACGGCACUUACGAGUUCAUCGAUUUCCGAGAGACUGCACCCGCAGCUGCAUUCCAAGACAUGUACAAAAACAAUACCAAAGCGAGCAUCUUUGGUGGUCUCGCGAGUGGAGUUCCCGGCGAAGUUAGGGGUCUUGCCCAUCUUCAUCAAAACUACGGCAUUCUUCCUUGGAAACAAGUGAUGCAAGGCGCAAUUGACAUAGCAAGAUAUGGCUGGACCGUCAAUGAAGAUCUUGUCCGAUAUAUCGCUUCCGCCAAUGCAUCGGACUCGGCCGUGAGUCCCAAUUUUUUUGUCGACGAUCCAAAUUGGGCGUUGGACUUUGCUCCAAAUGGUACUCUUCUCGGCCUGGGUGACACGAUAACCAGGAAGAGGUACGCAAACACUCUUGAGACCAUUGCAGAAGAGGGGCCGGAUGCAUUUUAUACCGGCCCGAUCGCGGAAACCAUGAUCGCAGCAUUGCAAGAGCAGAAUGGCACAAUGACACUGGACGAUUUGCAGGACUAUAAGGUCGCUAUACGCCCCACUUCAAACAUCACAUAUCGAGACUACCGCCUGUUCAGCUGCAGUGCGCCAAGCUCAGGCACGGUCGCUCUCUCCGUGCUCAAAACAGUGGAAGGCUAUUCCGACUUCUUUGCAGACGGCACGACAAACUUGAGCACCCACAGGCUCGAUGAAGCCAUCAGAUUUGGCUACGGUGAACGGACCAAUCUAGGCGAUCCAUCAUUUGUGGCGAAUCUGUCGAGUUAUGAGGAAGACAUGGUUUCUGCCAAGUCUGCAGCCGAGAUCCGUGGAAAGAUAUUGGAUACACGAACAUUGAACGUAUCUGCAUACGACCCCUCCGGCAUCGAGUCAUUGGAGACACCAGGCACAUCGCAUGUUGUCACUGCUGAUGCUAACGGCAUGGCCAUUACUUUGACAACAACCGUAAACCUACUUUUUGGCUCACAGCUGUUGGUCCCCGAAACCGGGAUCAUCAUGAACAACGAAAUGAACGACUUUUCGAUCCCUGGGACUUCCAACGCAUUUGGUUUUGUCCCUUCCCCGUCAAAUUAUAUCAGGCCUGGCAAAAGACCACUGUCAAGCAUUUCGCCAGUGAUUGCAGAGUUUCCGAAUGGUACACUCUACUACGUUAUCGGCGCAGCGGGCGGUUCACGCAUCAUCACAUCAACUAUCCAGAAUUUAGUACAUGUUCUUGAUCAGGACAUGACGGUCCUUGAGGCUCUUGCACAACCUCGCUUGCACGAUCAAUUGAUUCCCAAUCAAGUGACGUUCGAAUAUUCAUAUGACAACGAGACGACUGCAUUCAUGGCAUCACUUGGUCACAAUGUGACCUGGAUCAGUCUUGCUCAAAGCUCGGCCCAGGGACUACGAAGGCUUUCCAACGGAACAUUUGAAGCUGCUGGGGAGCCCCGUCAACUGAACUCUGGAGGCUAUGCUACAUGA